UAUCAAAUCAGUAUCCAAAUUACUGAAAAAUGAUGAACCUAUAUUUCAGGCCUCACCUAGGUACCAGACAACGAGCAUGAUGAAGAUAACUACUGCUGCUGUAUUAUAUGUGAUUGCAGGUGUUGGUUCAGGUGCCCCCAGUGCCAGUCCGGUGUUGUCUGCAGUGUCUGACACAGCCAGGUUCAGCUGGGAGAUUCCACAGGGAGGUCUGGGGACAGGGAGUAGUUUCUACACUGUCAGUCCUGCUGGUGUCAUUGUGUUCCUAGUGACAGGUACUGGGACAUUCAUCAACUUCACAGACAGACUGGAGUACCAGGGGAACAUAGCAGCCAGGAAUGUCACCUUCACUCUCAGCAACAUCCAGACAUCUGAUGCAGGGACAUACACGUGUGGGGGUGGAGGGGCUACUAUUGUGAUACAGAACUGUGGACAGAAACUUGUUGUCCUGGGCAAGCCCACCACUCCUAGCCGUCCUGUGUCAUCAUCUCCUGUCUACAACCAGCAAGUGACCUUGACCUGCAGCUCCACCUCUACUACUGUCCCAGCUGACCAUGGCCUGACCUUGACCUACACCUGGCAGCGUGACAACACUGACAUCACAGUUACCUCCCCUGGUUCCCCCUACACCUUCACAGUGAGUUCCCGGGACAGUCACAGUUACAGAUGUAGAGCCAGAGAGAGUCAGGGUCUGGAGUCUGAGUGGAGCCAAGGAUACAACAUGGAGCCUCAGUACGGACCCUACCAGAUCUCCCUGACCCCCUCCACCUCCUCCUACACUGUGACAGAACACCAGGCUCUUCCAUCAAUCACGUGCUCCGCCCUCUGUAGACCCGGAUGUACCUACAGGUGGUUACACAAUGGAACAGCUGUCAUCAGUGGAGCCGUGCUCCAGGGACAAGCUGACAGAUCUAAGACAGGAUCCUACAGAUGUCAGCCUUCUAAUACACACGGGAGUAGUGACAGUCUUACAGUCAGUGUUGAUGUUCAGUAUCCUGCCACAGUGAGUAUGUUUACUGCGAACUCUCACGGUGGUUCAGUGACUGUUAACGAGUCGGAUCCAGUGACCUUGAGAUGCCAGGUUGAUAGUAAUCCAAGGUCAGUCAUCAGGAUACUGAAUGAAACUGAGGAGUUGACAAAGGCAAAUAACUCCCUGACAUCAGAAUAUAGACUGGAGUCAGCAGACUGUAGACAAAGAGGGAACUACUCCUGUACUGCCAGUAACAACAUCGGGGUACCUGUCAGCCAAGGAUUGGAGAUGCUGGUCAAAUGUUCUCCCCGACUUGAUGAGACAGUGUCCCACCAACUUAAGUAUGUCACUAUACUGGGUGGUAACGUGAAUAUGUCUGUGUCAGUCCUGGCCUACCCCCUUCCUACAUUCACCUGGAGUAGAACCACCAGCACCAGCCAGGACCUCACUGGUUCCUCCAGCCCUGUCUCCGACAUCUCAGUCACUGCCAGACUACACCUUACUAACCUCCAACAACAGGACUUCGGGGACUAUCAGUUAACAGUGGACAAUGGCGUAGGCAGGGGGCUGUUUUAUACAGUCAGCAUAGUGUCUGAGGGUGAGUGCCAGAUACUUUUCACAGCUCAGCAUUUUAGUAAGUCAAUACUUACAUAUUUGCAAUUUGUCUUGUUAUUUUGUUUCAUAGGUAUUAGCAUACUACUCAUAUGUUUGAUGAUAUUCAUUUUACCAAUGAAAAUAACAUGUUUCACUUGUAAUCGUAAGUGUACACCAAUCAGAAUCAUUAUGUUUUUUAGAUGAAAUAGUUGUAGUUUCUUUGUUUAUUUUUUUUCAGAUACAUCGACUCAUUGUCAUACAUUAAUCAUUCAGUCCUCAUUUUGUUUCCUUCUUCAUUGUUCAAUGUUUGGUUGGUUGAUUAGCUACUGUGUUGCUUUCUUACUUACUUGAGUAGUUCGUUGCAUUGAUUGCUUGAUUACAUAUUUGCUUGAUUUUAUUUGAAUGUAUGCUAUUUCUAUAUUUCUUUUCACGAUGUCGAGCAUAUGUUUUAAUCUGAUUGAUGUAAAUUAGAUUGCUAGGUUCUGCUGAGACACCAUCGGUUUACCUCUGUCGACAAUGCGAAUAUAAUGUCUAUCAUGGCAACCUUGGACAUGGAGGACACAUGCAGACGUUCCUGGUUGAGCAUGGCCAGUUUACUUCAAGAACUGGACAACAUACCGAAAAUAGACAGGGUUAUGGUUGUGGAAGUGAUAGGUUUGACCCGAGAAUAUAAUCACCCAAUAUGACUACACA